ACCUCACAUCCUAUAAACCAUUAGCAAUUGCUCAGUCAUUUUUCGUGUUCGCUUUCGCACAAUCAAGCAUAUUUUCCACACCCAUGGAGCUCUGCGCUUCUACUGCCUUCGCUUGGACAAACUCCAUUUCUCCGUCUCUCUACAUCCCUCACUCUUUCUCAAUGUGCGAAACUAAGAGGUUUAGGGUUUGCUGUGUCAACAAUGAAAAUGUCUCUGCCCAGUCUCAGAAGGCAAAUCAGAUGACUGUAUCAGUAACAGGUGCUACAGGUUUUAUAGGUAGAAGAUUGGUGCAAAGGCUGUAUGCAGAUGAUCAUUGUGUUCGAGUCUUGACACGGUCUAUAUCCAAAGCUCAGUUAAUUUUUCCGGUCAGGGACUUCCCAGGAAUCGUAAUUGCAGAGGAGCCACAGUGGAAAGAUUGUAUUCAGGGUUCAAAUGCUGUUGUAAACUUGGCUGGAAUGCCCAUAAGUACAAGAUGGUCUCCCGAGAUCAAGAAAGAGAUCAAGCAAAGCAGGAUUAGAGUCACCUCAAAGGUUGUUGAUCUAAUAAAUGAUUCAGAAGAUGAAGUUCGGCCUAAAGUUUUGGUUAGCGCAACAGCAGUUGGUUAUUACGGCCCUAGCGAAACAAAAAUAUUUAAUGAGCAAAGUCCAUCAGGAAAUGAUUAUUUGGCUGAGGUUUGUAGAGAAUGGGAAGGGACAGCCCUUCAAGUAAAUAAGGACGUUAGAUUGGCACUCAUUCGCAUUGGUGUUGUCCUUGGAAAAGAUGGUGGUGCUUUAGCUAAAAUGGUCCCACUUUUCAUGAUGUUUGCUGGUGGACCAUUGGGCUCUGGGCAACAAUGGUUUUCCUGGAUUCAUCUGGAUGACAUAGUGAAUCUGAUGUAUGAAGCUUUAUCUAAUCCAUCUUAUAAAGGAGUAAUAAAUGGAACUGCACCAAAUCCUGUCCGACUGGGAGAGAUGUGUAACCACUUGGGAUCUGUCAUGGGCCGACCAUCAUGGUUGCCAGUGCCAGACUUUGCACUCAAAGCAGUCCUUGGUGAAGGUGCUUCUGUAGUUUUGGACGGACAAAAGGUACUUCCUGCUAGAGCCAAGGAAUUGGGUUUCCGGUUUAAAUAUCCCCACGUGAAAGAUGCACUGAAAGCUAUUUUGUCGUAGAAAAGUUAAAGUAUGACAUGCGCAUUCUUUAUUCUUUUGGCAUAGAGGUACCGCUUCUCCAAACCUCAAAAGCACGGUGUGAUAGAAGCUUUGAUGUUGUUUAUUUUUCGUAUAUUGGUUAGUUAAUGUUUGUUCAGUUGAAAGGUUAUGAAUUUCAUGCUACUCUUACAAAUUGCCUCUGGAAAAGUAUUCCGGAAAGCUCAAUGUAGUAUACUACAGUUAAGUUUCUCAUUUCAAAGGGUUACGAAACUGGGCACAAGUAUUUUUCUUUCA